CCGUGAUCGCGCACUUUUCGACUGACCUGCAACUGGUUGUAUCUCCUUACUUUUGUCGCCCAAAUUAAUGUUUGACUAAAUAAACUUCCAUUAAAUGUAUCGCCUUAAAUUCCGUUUCUCUCAAAACCUGAUCAAAAUCCUCAUAGUAUGGCACAUAUUUUGACUGCAGAAAAAUUGGCGGAGAUUAAAAACUAUGAAGAGCAAAUGUUUGACUACUUUUCCCACUACUCAGCGAAACUUCGUGAGUGGUACGUAAAUGGUGGGGACAAGUCGGAAGAUUACAAGGCUCAGUAUGACAAGCUAACUGAAGAGUACUACAGGUACCUGAAGUAUAUUCAGCGACUAAGAAGCAUGACAGUAAUGGGUUAUGACAACUUUCAUCAAGUUGGAGUGAGCCCCUUUCAGAACACUACGAAUUCCGUGCAACACCAAACUUCUGAUGGUGUUGCUAGCUCAAAUGCUGCUUAUUCGGCAUCUGCGGCUGCAGAUUACACUCGUUACUAUCAGAACAUGAUUAGCUAUUUUGACAAACUUUUGGAGUCCGUUCAGCAAAAUGAUCCUGAAUGUAAUGAAAGCUCAGAUGAAGAGAAUCAUGAUACGGAGAAAGUAUGCUUAAAUUUUCCCUCAGUUUUAUAGAUAAAGUCAAGAGAGACUGCCUUUUGCCACAAAUACGAGAGUAAUUCAGUUUCAGUUGAAAAAAGUGUCAAUUCUGAAAAUUCGGCGACCGUAGACCCUUGCUCUGACCCGAAUGCUGUGAUGAAGGAGUAUUUUGAUCGUUACGUUAAAGCUGGAGAUUGGGAUUGGGCAUCGUGGAAUAAUUAUCUUAGUUGGAUCGCUCGUACAAAUCCUCAGUGGUACGAAAUAUUUGUGAAUUUAAGCCGAGGACUUGGCAUAGAUUGGGAUGAUAUGUAUAAAAAAUGGGUCAGUUCAGUUUCCGGAGAUUCCAGCUGCAAUAAAAAUCCACUGAUGUCCCUUUAUUCAGCUGACCAAAACUUUGCCCUUGCAAAUUACCUUAGAUUAGGGUCUACUGAGAUACCGAUUGUUUCUGAACAAAAUACUGGAAACGAUGAUAAUGAUGACAAUGAAGGCUCGCAGCACUAUUGUGCAACUUGCAAACAAGACUUUGGUACCGAGCGUGCGUUCAUGUUACACUUACGUGGUGUAACACAUACCCAAAGGACUCUCCAUUCUAAUGGAAUAAGUUCAUUUGACUCCACUGUUUUAGAGGAAAACUGGGAGGCAAAACAUCACGAAUGGUUGAGAUCGCAGUACUUGAAUGAGAACUCUUUUGUGGGAUUAUCUGGGUCAUUUUACUGUGAGUUGUGUGAAGUGGAAUUUCCUUCACACAAAGCUCUUGGUUCACAUCUCAAUGGACGUCGACAUCGAGAGAAUGUUUUUAUUUUUGAAUCAACUGGAGAUCGUUCUUUGUUGAAGGGUAAACGCCAGGCUCCAAUAAAAGUUACUGCAAAAAUACAACCCUUUCUUGAUGUCUGCACACAACCUCUAAUAGGACUCAAUUAUAUGAUCGAGUACCAGUUGCAGGAACUGGAUGAAUGUCUGUAUAUUUGUAGCCUCUGUAAUCAGUGGUUACCGAGGAAGUCAGUGAUAAAUCAUCUAUGCAGUAUUGUCCAUAGAAAAGCAUAUCUUGACAUGCAUUACUUACCUCUGUUCAAAAUUAUUGACCGGGAUCAUAGCGACAAAUCACUUCAAGCUUGUCGACUGGAGGUGUAUGCUCGCAAGAUAGAAGAUUUUGAAGGAAGGAAGCGUCUUAUUAUCAAAAAACAUUCUGUAGCAGAUCUCGAUCUUCAAAGUGAAAUCGUACGUCUUAUUCAAGAAUAUAAUGAGGCACGUCUGUUAAAAGAAAAAGAGUGUACAAAAUCGCCUCCGCCUACUCGUGAGCACUCAGCUUCUAGUACUCCCAUUUCGGCAGACCUUGAAGAAGGAGAAAUAAGAGAAGAUUCUUCUUCCUCAGAAGAAGAAGAAGAAGAAACGAAUACUAAAGAAGUGGGAUCCCCAGAUUCGGACUCGAGCUUUUAUGCACGUUACAAUGUUAUCAUGAAGUCAAUCGAUAAAAAAAGAAACAGUAUUACUGAUUGCGAUGCAAGCAAACCAAACAAAAAGUCUCAAUUUUUUACAGGUACUAUGAUAUCAGAAAAUAAAGAUCUACAAUGUAAUGGAGAAAUUGUAGAUGAUAUGAUAAUCACCGAUGCAGAUUGUGAAAAAUAUAUUGAAGAGCUGGAACAUGAAGGUUUGCUACAAUUAAAAACAUCUAAUUCGAGCGGUAAAGUACGACGAGAUUCCUCUCACACAGACCAGUUCACUAAAGAAGCUGACUGGGUUUUAGAAAAGUUAAAAACCUUAAAGAGUAGACAUGAAGAAAGCCUUCGGCAAAUAGCAGCAGAUGUGUCCGCGGCCGCAAGAAUCCAAGCUACUAAAUUAUCAAAUACCGAAAAUUCUGCGGUUCAACAUUACUCUUUCAUAUAUGAUUCUUCUUAUAAUCAUUAUUAUAACAAGUCAAGGUUUAACAAUGGUUUAAUUCUGCCAUCGCUCAAAAGUCCAGUAGGCCCUUCAGUUCCUGUAUACAAAAACUACAACUACCCACUUCCUCCAAAUACUGAAAGUUCAAAUGAACGUAAUGGUAAUCCAGGAGAGUGUAGCACUCGAAUAGCUUUAUCUAGCAGUGCAUUUAAUGUGAUAUUGUCAGCUAUCGACGCUCUAAAGUCUUCUGGCCAGUUACCUAGUGAUCUGAAUCCAACGUUAAAGGAAAACAGUGUCAAUGGACCUCAGAUUAAAAAUUCCAGUCAGCAAGUUAUUAAUAGAGAUAAUCAGCAAUAUACAUCUGAUCAUAAUCAAAUAUCAGGACCCAAAGAAUCAGUACACUGUGUUUCAAAAGAUUCGACAGCAAAUAGUGCACCGUUGGCUACGAAUAUGGAGCAUAUGAACACAUCUCAUCCGGAUGUCUCAAGACCUGUAUAUGCUCCAGUAUCAAUGAACAGAGAAGAACUAAAUCAUACUUCAGGUUCAUCUGAAAGAGGUGCGGAGUUUCAAAAGAAUCAAAUAGUUUCAACAUCAUUUAAUCGGCAUACCCAAAACAACCCCCAUUUAAAGUCAUUUAUUACCCCAUAUGAGCCACAGAAUAUGACGCACCAGCCAACAUCAAUUAACCUUACAAAUGACGAAAAAAUAUUCGAUGCAUACACCAUAGUUUCAAAACGCUGUGAACUUAAAAAAGCUCAAAAGCAGAACUGGUUAAAAACUCCAAGAUAUUUCAGGCGUGGAAUGAAAGGUGAAGUUAACCAAGGUUCAACCACAAACUCCCAAUACCACCACAAUGUAGCUGGGAAACGGCUAUCUGCUAUUGCUGAUUUCCUAGGUGUUAAUGAACCGCCUACAAAAAGACGAGUGCCCUCAUCAAAUCAGAUAGAACCACAACCCUCUAGUAAUUUACCCUACCGUUCAUAUUCCUCAAAUACCUUUCAGCAGCCUUCAACUCAAAAUGAUCAUACAUCUUUUUCUCAACCUGUGUGUCCUCCGACGUAUGCUAAUCAAUCUGCUAACCAUGAAAUCCCCUCAUUUCCGUUGAAUCUAAUGAAUAUAGCCAGAUCAUUCCCUUCCUAUUCUAAUCCUAAUUCGUAUCCACUCUCAAAUCCUCAUGCCAAUGGGUCCUUGUGGCCUGUUCAUAUCAAUCUUAAUUCAUCUGCACCAAGUGCCUCACAGUCAUUACAAUACUAUAAUUCUUCGUUUCUUCCUACAUUUAAGUAACUUAUUUCCUUUAAUUGGAGCGUUUACCCAGUGAUAUUUGAAUUGACUUACAACUUUGUAUAUAUAUAUAUAUUAACCACUGAAAGUGUUAUGUAGCCAUGUACAUAGAGUUUAAUACAUUUUUAUCAGUUUGCAUAUUCUAAUCAAAGUUCCAAAAAAAUCUUGUAGUUAGUAUUUUGAAAUUCCCCG